GAAACAACCUGUCAGAAUUUUAUGACAGAAAACAAGAAAAUAAACAAAUUUUUUGCACUAAAAACUUGAUCAUUCCUAUGUCUGAAGAAACAAUUUUUGAAUUACUGCAUUCAGCUGUUGUUGAUUAUGUCGUUGAGGAUAAUACUAAAGUAUCGGAAAAAACAAAUAAAACCGAUGCAAAGGACGAAGAUUUAUCGAAACUAGAAUAUAUAGGAUUCUUCGCUGGUUAUAGAAUGAUAGAAAGACUAACAAGAGAAAUGCCCCGUUUUAAGGAUGAAUUAGAUACUAUGAAAUUCAUUUGUACAGAUCUCUGGUCUGCAAUUUACAAAAAACAAAUAGAUAAUUUGAGAACUAAUCAUUUAGGAGUGUAUGUUUUACAAGAUAAUGCCUUUCGAUUCUUAACUAAGUUGUCAAAUGGCAAGCAGUAUUUAGAUUUAGCACCAAGAUAUGUAACCUUCACUUGUGGAGUGUUGAGGGGGUGUUUGGCAAAUUUAGGCAUAGAAAGUAUUGUUACAGCUGAGAUACAGACAAUGCCUUCUUGUAAAUUCCAUAUACAGGUCCAGAGACCUUGCUGAAAAAAAUUAAUAAAACAUUACUAUUAUUACCGAUUAUUAUUGUUUACUGUGUAAUAAAGUUUUCUGCCUGUCUUGAA